ACUGAGAAAUCUCAUUUUUUACCACCGUAGACUUGUUUGUUCUUAAUGAAAGUCAAAUAAAAUUAAAAAUUAAGAUAUACAGCAAGUUUAUUUUCCGUUAGUUUUACAUUUGCGAGAACAAUGUGGGGUUUUUGCAUGUACGAAACAUGACAUGUCAUGCUACUAAGGUAAAACUCUUCCAUUCCAUAUAACUAAAAGAUCUAUUUUAUGUAGAGGAUAAAAAUUAUAAAAAAGUUCCUGACAAUAUGUACUAAGUAGCUUUUUACUUUCAUUAACUGAAUUUUAAGUGUGGAAUAAUUUCUGGAUGAGACUGGUUCAAGUUGAGUAUCCUGUGGGAAAUUGCUCUGUAGCGUUUUCACUGUUUAUCUCUACACUAUUUUUUUGGUUAAAAAGGAAAGGUAGGUAAGUUGGUGUCUUGAAAAAAAUGAUAAAAAUAAAGCAUAUUUUCACACCAAAAGUGUUGGCACUUUUGUUUUAGUUAUAGCUCCCGUAGUGGUAUGGCUGGGAAGACUGGUAAUAGGGUAUGCCCAAAAAGACUGGUACUAGGGUAGCCGCCAUCUUGUUUCACAUAAGCGGUGUUUACAGCUUGACUAGAAGUGGAUUCUAUUACAUGGCAUUCUCAGGACUCAGAAAUUCCAAAGCGUGCAAGAAGGGAAAUGUAUUGCAUGAUUCAUUGUAGUGACGAUGACAGAGCGCUCAUAAGCCCGAAUUCUGUGGAAUCAUGGAGAGCACUGAGAUGGGCUGCAGAAUUGAGACAUCACAAGGAUAUUCUUGGAAUACAGGUAAAUUCACCAGAUGAAAUUCCUGAAGUCUAUUAUCAUAGAAAGUGUAGAAGCAUUUUCAUUAUGAGAAGAGAUCUCAAAAAAAUCAUUUCUCAUGAAAAAAAGGAGAGUAAGAAAGAUAUGGAGCUGACUACUGAUGGCAAUGGCCAGCAAAGGGCAUCCACAAGAGGUCAGCCAAGUACCUCAAGAGUUUAUGAAAAGAUCUGCAUGUUUUGUGAAAAGAAAGACAAAUACAAGAAGGGUUCAAAGACCAGAGAGAGCUUAACACAAGCUAGACAGCUUAGACAGAUAUAUCGGUGAGAUAUAUUGCCUCCAAGGAAAGUGAUUGAGAUAGAUAGAAAAUUGUCAUGAAGGAGGCAAGGAAGAAGAAUCUGAUCUUUUUGCUGGCAUGGCUGCAUUGUGCUCAACUCAAGCAAAAGGUCAGUAGCUGGACCAGUUUUAAUAUACAAGUUCAUGAUCGCGAAUGUAUUGUCAAGAGCAAUGUAGGCUAUUUACCUACGAUAACUGCUCCAGCAACAAGCAUGGUGACAAUCAAUGAGGUCCUCAACCAGUCUUUUCGCAUAAUCCACAGCCUCAAACUCACUAGUAUAAGGUGUGUUUUUGACCAGGCUACUUAUUGCAAGGCGCUUGAAAUCAAAUCAAAGAACUCUGACCUGUACAAACCAAUUGUCCUUUGCCUUGGCACGUUCCACACAUUAUGUACCCUCAUCUCAAUCAUUGGAAAGGGGUUUCAAGAUGCUGGACUCAGAGAUCUGUGUAUUGAGUCAGGAGUCGUGGCUGAAGGGUCGGUAUCUCCAUUAAUGGAGGGUCGCAGCUACAACAGGGCUGUACGCUUUCACAAACUUUCUUGAGGCAUUUAGGCACGUAGCACGGGAAGGAUUUCUGCUGUGGGUUGAGAGUCAUCAUCCUCAAGAUGCCACGCAGAUCAACAAGGCACUAGAAGACAUAGGAGGUCUUGCUGACGACUUGCAGAAAUCAACUCAUGAUCACAUCUUUAACAGCCAGCCAUUCCAAGUUCUGUUUGAGCAAUCAGAAGAAUGCAUGGAACACCUACGUAACACAAACGGACCGUUAUCAGCCUUUUGGUUGUUGUAUAUCGACUUGGUAGAGCUAAUGCUGCACAUGAUUCAUGCAUCCAGAAGGCAACUGGAUGUUGCACCUUGCUUGCAUGCGUCAAAUGCUGCCAUGGUGUUUUCCAUAUGACAACACCAACUACGCUAGGUAUAUGUCUAUCUACUAGUGACAUGACCAGUCUACCGAAGGAGCACCCACAAGUUCAUGCAUUUAUGGAAGCAGGCAGGUUUUCUGUUCAGAUGAGUCCUGACAAUGCCUUUGGCCGAAUCCCGGUCUAUCAGACUAUAAAACAAACUGUUAAUAAAGACACUCCGACAGUGGGAGGGACAAGAAGUUUCAGUCUGAACCCUGGUACACCAGGGAUACUACAUGACUGCUGAGUUCAGUGCGAUGUUUCUGUGGAAGAUGUGUGAAAUGGUAGGCUACCUCAAGGCAACAAUAGUCAUGCCGAUUUACAGAAAUCUAGAAUAAAGAAAGACGAGAAAGAUGUACAAGAGAUGACAGACCUUUUAUUAAACAGCUGGCUCAAUCCGUUUUCUGAUGAAUCCCAGCUGCUGGCAAGCAUUUCAACAAGUGCCAUUCCCUCACCUGAUAUUGCACUAGACUUGGCCAAAGCAUAUCUUUCUGGUGAAGCAGCAUAUCAAGAUUUCAAGAAUAAUCGCCUUGACCCUGACAACCUGUUGGUGAAGUUCCAUGACACCCUCAAGAAGCAGAAAUUGAAGACAUUCAUCAGUAUGUCGAAAGCAAAGACAAUAACAAAGAACAAGGGAGAAGAAACGGUCAUUCGUGCAGACCGCAAUCUAUUUGCGGGGAUGAUAAUAAUAGCCGAAAGUCAUCAAAUGCACAUGCAAGAGGUAUUACAGCAUCCCCUUGGCCCAGUACCAUCUUCCUUAGCAACGAGCAAUGGCUUGCCACGCAAAACUAACAAGGCACAGCUUGGCAGGGAGCUGGAGAAGCUAGUUCAACCAACGUCAGAAAUACCAAGCCCUUCUGUAUACGUGAUUGAUGGCAUGGCCCUCGUUCAGAAGUUAAAGGUCAGUGACCAGAUGACCUUCAGUCAAAUCGCAGAUGCCGCACUGUCAUGUGUUUUACAAGAAAGAGGAAACAGCAGACACAUAGAUGUAGUUUUUGAUGUAUACAAUGAGAUAAGUAUAAAGUCUACACAGCGAGAACAGAGAGAAUAAGGACAAUUGGUGACAUACGAGAAUCUCACAGCCGGGCAAAAAAUAAAACAGUUCAGGAACUUUCUGCAAAAUGGCCAAAACACGAUCAGCUUAAUUAAGUUUUUAAUGACUACUGGGGAAAGCCUCCAAGUCGAGAGAAGCUUGCCAACAAGGAGCUCUACACAACAUGUGGCACCAAGUGCUACAAACUAACGGUGGAUACUUUGCAGGAAGUAAUCGAACUCUCAUCUCAGCAAGAAGCCGACACUCAUCUCCUGCUACAUGCGAAACAUGCUGCAACACCGCAUGUGAAGGCAGUUAUCAUUUCAUCUGAGGAUACAGAUGUGCACAUACUAUGCAUUUCGUUUGC